AUGAAGAAGACAAAUAAAAGGACCAACCAUAAUACCACUACACCGUUGGAGCACGGAAUGGGAAAAAAUGUAGACAUCACUCGUGAGACCAUCCAAGGAAAGAGAGAAGAAAAUGAAAAAGCGGAGAUGGAAAAAAAUAGUGGGGAGAACGACGAAGCAGAAAAUUUCAACUACAUUAACAGUUACCUGACGGAAAUAUUCGAGCUGGCAAAAGGUGACGGCUCGGUAUCGUCGAAGGAGGAUGAUAAGACGAAGGGCACCCACGAAAAAAGUAGCGAACUUGGUGAAACCAUUUCGCGCCUGCACACAAAAAAUAAUAGCUCGAACAUCGAGUGGGAGUUGGACAACACGUACGAGUUUGAGACGAUGGAGAGUGGGGGUUACCCAAAUGGGGACGCACAGUUGGUGGAAGGGGUGGCUGCAGUAGAGGUGACAGAAAACAUGGACGAACAGAACUACAACAUAUUCGGAAGCAAGUCUCUCUUCAACCAAUUUGGAUCAUUUAACAAGAAUGGCAACCCAGGAGUUUGGUUGACGGAGAAGGAAGAAAUUUAUAAUGCGCCAAAGGGUAAGGGUGUGCAAAAUGGGGAAUGCAUGGAAAUGACCGAGGGGAGAGGUGAUCUCCUCAUAGAUGAUGUUGUUAGGGGGAGUAGUCCAAUGGAGAGGGGCGAAAACUUCCAUAUGUUAGAGGAGGAUGCGUUUCAUAUGGGUGGAUCUUCAGAAAAGCAGGAGAGCGACGACGUUAAUGUGGAACUCCUUCUAGCGCAGCUAAGCGGUAGUAACGGACACGUGGACGGGAUAGAGACUGUCCAAACGGGAAAUCCACAGGAGCUGAACAAGAAUCUGUUCCAACUUCUCAGCAGCAGCAAUAGGGAGUUCCUUCGUGACUAUAUUAAGAAGUAUCGGGAGGUGGGAGAAUGCGACGAAGAGGCAGUCAUCAGAGGAGAAGCCGUCGAAGAGACAGGUGUGGACGGGACAGUCGUCGAAGGACACGUGCAAGGGCAAAAUGCCCCCCGUUUGGAUUGCUACGGGAAGGGGAAAAGCGUGUGCUUCGACUUACCCUCUAGGGAGAACAGCAUCAUGUUGAACGGUCAAGACACCCAGACGUAUGUGAAGAGCGGCAGGGGCAACGAAGGAGGCAUUGGUUUCAAAUCGGAAAGAUCAAAAUCGAGCGGUGACAACGUAAAUCGGGACAACUCCGUGAAGCAGGACCUGGAGGAGUACAAGAAGGAAGGCUAUGAGCACACCGAUUCGAAUGCCCCAAGUUUGUUUUUCAUCCCCGAAUGGGUUCGUACCUAUCAGGGAGGAACUGGCAUGCAAGGAAGAGGUCUCGACAGGGGGGACACUGAAGGGAAGAGAAGUACCGCCACACCGCCCAAUCAUGUGGCACCUGCAAACGAAUGGGAUGAAAAGAUUCCUUCAGUUGGAACGAAUUUUAAGGAGUACACCACGUCAGAGCUAUACAAUAAUUUGUUGGAACUACUAAAUGAUGGGUCUCACAAUGUUAAGGUGGAUAACAUGAACCACGAAGUGGGGAUGCACUCAGGGGAAGACCUCAUUAGGGGCGGAACUGCCCCGUACUACCAUGGAGAUAUUCUUAAACGUAUGAAACAUGAGGGGGAGAGAGAUUCUCAUGUGGGUGACCACCACAGGGGGGGUAAUCAUGCAUUUAUACGUCGGGCCAAUUACGAAGCAGUGAGGAACUAUGCAAACGGAACAAGUAGGGUGGACAAUGGUGGAAAGAUGAGCGAAUUAGAAAGAGGAGUUACCAUGGGGAAUAUGAGCAGUACGACCUUACCAGUGAAGAGCUACUUGAAAUACCCCACUACCCCUUUGUCCAUUUCGCAUGAUAAUGCACGGGGUAGCUCCCCCAAUGGAGGACAAUCUACACAUGGCUCACCGAAUACUGUUGCUAAAAAAAAAAAUGUUAUGUUCGAAGCGUUGAAGAAUAAGAUAGGAUUUCUUCUAGACAACGAGGAUGAUGAGGCUUCUCUGAGUGAAUAUAUUAUGGACGCUAUAGGUGACUAUAACCGUAGCAAAUGGGGAAGGGCCGCCAGCACCAGGGAAAGCAUGCAAGUGGGUCGUCCGUCAGUUGGGGCAAGUGCAGGAUUAGUGUAUAACCGACUCGCGGGAGAACAACAAACUGGCCAUGUUGGACAGAGCACACAAAAUGGUAUCCUCAAAAGUGAGACAAUGAACUACAAUUACAGUCGACCAACUGAGCAUCUGAGCGAAGCGGAUCUCCAUAGCCAGCAUGGCAUUACAGCAGAUUUUCUCCUGGGGAGGGCCCACACUGAAACGUAUAAUGGGAGAUAUUCACAGGUGGAUCGCAUAAGACGUGGAUCUCCCCCUCAGGGUGCAGAGUUGGAGGCGAUCCGUGAGGACAACUGGAGGGCAGACAACUUCAACGGUGGCAGCCCGCACGUGAGGAACAGAACCCAAAGGAGCAACAUGGCCAAUCUGAAGUUGUUCCUAGCGAACAGUCUAGUGGCGAACAACAUUAGCAAUUCGAGGGGCGCGCAGGGUGCAGCUGUAGGGGCAGUUGGUGGUGCAGGUUUAGCGGUGGAGCCCGGCAUCCCAGGAGGGAACAUGAGCGGAUACACAGUCGGGCAACGUACUAGCCUCGGUGGUGAUUCCGCGUUGGGCCCACGUGGGGAUGACUUGGCCGCGUCAGACGGGAGAAACUCCGAAAACGUGGGUUCUUUCCAAUGGGGGGACUAUUCCAUCGAACGGGGAGAUGCGACGCGUGGACAUGUAAGAAGAGCUAACAAGGAAGAGAACAACGAAGAGGAGCUAAGAAAAAUAUACGAAAUUUUAUUUUUACUGAGUAGAAGGAAUAGUAGAAGCCUUCCUUUCGGUGAUGUGUCGAAGGUGGAACAGGAAGGGAGUGCAGCACAGGAUGCUUCUACGAAUGGUUACGUUUUACCACCACACGAGGGGAACAGCCUGAUGAGAAUCCCCACAAAUGCACAUCGCGAUGACGUCUUAGCUCCAAAGGGGGGAAACUCUUUCCUGAAAAGGGGCUCCGAAAAUCUGAAGAUGGAUCGGGCAUUUGGUGCCAGCGGCGGGAGUGACUCCCUCAGUGGUGUUGUGGGAUCCUUCGAAAAGGGACACUUCAUAGACGAGGUGGGGUCGAACUGGUCUAGCUGGAAUUUUAAGGAAAGGGAAAGGGACACCGAAGAGGCGAAGAGGGAGGACAUCCUAUUUGGAGGAAGGAGGAGAGACCCAUCUUUCAGCAGCAGAGGGAAGGAUGCGUUUGAAGAUAGCGGAAAUAACUCCCUGUGGAAUAGGAACCUUGUCUCCGGCUCGUCGGCCACGCGGGGCACCUACGGUGCAUACGCCCUUCCCCGCAGCAACAGCAGCAGUAGCGUUAGAAACAACAACGGUAGAAGGAACAGAGGCAGAAACAACUUCCGAAUGGAUCGACCCAAAUCACAGGAAAAGAGAGGGAUGUCCAACACAAGGGGAAAGAAGAAAUCGACAGAAGCGCGGGAUCAACUAUCCUCACAAACCUUAAAGGCAUGUCUAUCGAAAGAGGAUGAGCAGGACUUGGAGCGUCUACUAGAGUCUCUCUACGACGACAGGAUAAUUCCGCUGAUCAUUAAUUUAAAAGGAAGGGCAGACGAAUAUAACUUCAGGGAUGUGCUAAAGAACAACAUCCUAAAUGCCUAUGGGUUAUUCCCUGAGAAGUACACACUGAAGGAGCACCACCCCUCUACUGCUUCUUCCCCUCCCCCUGCUGACAACUGUUUGGUUCAUUUUGCAGAUAGGAUGGUAGGCAAGGAUUAUUUUUUCUCCAUUAACGAUUCAGUAGACAGAUACGAUUCUACCUUAUGGGAUCAGUUUGAGAAAUAUUUACUCGAAAUAGCUAGCUCGGAUGAUCCGAAUUUGUAUUCCUUUACAGGGGGGAGGUAUGGCAUGGCGAAGGAGCUGCAAAGAAGGAAACUUCCCUUUUUUCAGGGACUCUACUUGGGUCACCUAUGCCACAUUGUUCAUAUCAGUGCUACCAAAAAAAUCAUUGCCUACGAGAAUAAUUUUAUAAAGCCUAUUUCUCAGUGUAGGAAGUAUGAGGAUGCUAAGAUGGGUAUACUAAACACCCGGGGGGGUAAUGCAAAAAAUUAUAUUGCCUCCAUGGAAGAGUUAAAGUUUUAUUUGGGUGCUAUUCUAAAGUCUCACAAGAGGGGCAUUAACAUUUCUACGUUGAAGGGGAAAAUGAUGAACAACUAUAACAAGCGUCUCUGUGAGAGCGUCUUCCACUGCGUAAAGCUGGUGGAGCUGCUCCAAAUGGAGGAACUGCGUGACGUCUGCGUGGUGGACAUGGACUCCCGCAUCCUGCGCGCGGUCGCUACGCGGUGA